AUGCAUCGCAACUCGGUCUAUGGCCAUGGCGAAUGGAAGAAGCACAAGUCCUCGUGGAGGCAUGUCCGUCAUGUCUGCACUAUUCUAUCUUCGGGACUGAUACGUGCAAUCGGUCCGCCUGUUUUUCUUUGCACUUUGGUGUCUGUUUUCGUUGCGGUGAUCAAUCACUGUGUUGAUAAUGGUGUUCUCCCAAGUUGGUUUCCCGUGCUCAAAGUUGCGACCCUUCCCUUCACUCUCACUAGUCCUGUGUUGGCCCUACUGUUGGUGUUCCGCACAAACACAUCCUACCAAAGAUUUGACGAGGCGAGGAAGGCGUGGGGGUCGAACGUGAAUCGGGCCAGAGACUUGGCGCGGCAAGCUCUGACGUGGAUUCGUAAUCCGGGAGACUCUAAAAAACUACAGUGCCUGCUUCGCUACACCAAGGCGUAUUCCUUCUGUCUCAUGCAUCAUUUGAGAGAAGAGGGUUGCCUUCGAAAGGAGCUUGAAGCGACGAUUGUGAACGAGGAAGAGGUGGAGUGUGUUAUGAACUCAAAAAAUCGCCCAAUCUGGGUCUUACAAGUCAUCUCCGACAUCAUCAACGAGUGCCAGAUUACCCCGUGGGAAAGAAUUGCAAUGGACAAGAACAUAACCCAAUUUCACGAUAACGUCGGUGCUUGUGAGCGAAUCUUCAAGACUCCAAUUCCUGUAGCCUACACGCGGUUGACGUCUCGAGUCCUAACUCUAUGGCACCUGGUUCUGCCAUUCGCUCUUUGGGAAACCUGCGGCUGGCACACUAUAACUGUGUCAUUUGUGAGCAGCGCAGCGCUCUUCUACAUUGAAGAAGUGGGAGUGAUGAUCGAAGAGCCGUUCUCAAUACUGGCACUCUCAACGAUAUGCACUGGCAUUGUAGCAGCUUUGGAGGGGUUGUCAAAUGCCCACACGGAUGCUUUGAUAUUAGUUUGGGGCAUCGUCGAGCAGCAGUGGUCCACCAAGGCCGAUCAUUUGAUGAUCAACCUCAAGUAA